UCAUUCUAGUAAGACUGGAGUACUCGUAGUCUCGUACGUUCAAAUUCAUAAUUCAUUCAAAUUUGGUUACUGAUUGCCGGUCUACUACUUCUACUCGUGCGUUACUGCAUUAGUAAUUUAGUAGUACUUAGAGUUUUCCAUAGUUUUCCAGAAAGUUUUAUAAGUGCGCUGUGCGUAUAACUGGCCUUCUAACUACCUCGAUACUUGGAAUUACUCAGAAGAUUAUUCUAGUUUGAUUAGUAUUUGAAAAUUAACAUAAUGACAGUAAACGAAGGUAUUGAUAUAACCAAGGCCGGCGACCGUGGUGUGCUCAAGCGAAUUAUCAAGGAAGGCGAAGGAUCAGACACUCCUAACGCUGGCUGCCAAGUUACAGUACAUUACACCGGUACACUAUUAGAUGGCUCAAAGUUCGAUUCAAGCAAGGAUAGAAACGAGCCCUUCGAAUUUACACUAGGAAAAGGACAAGUAAUAAAAGCAUGGGACAUCGGUGUGGCGACGAUGAAGAAGGGAGAGGUUUGCGUGCUGACCUGCGCCCCAGAAUACGCUUACGGAGCUACCGGCAGCCCACCCAAAAUACCGCCCAACUCUACCUUGCAGUUUGAAGUUGAAAUGAUAGAUUGGAAAGUUGAAGACCUGAGUCCCAACAAGAACAAAGGUAUUCUUAGACAUAUCAUCGAACAGGGCACCGGCUCCGACAGCCCCAACGACGGUGCUCAAGUCACGGUGGAACUGCAAGGCAAGCUUCAAGACGGGAAAGUAUUCGACACACGCACAGUAUCGUUUACCCUCGGUGAAGGAAGCGAGAACAACAUUUGCGAAGGCAUCGAAAGAGCCCUGGAGAAGUUCACCCUAGGAGAAAAAUCAAGAUUAACCUUGCAACCUAAAUAUGCCUAUAAAUCUGAGGGGAACAGUGAAAUGGGUAUACCUCCCAAUUCGGUUGUGGAGUAUACAGUAAAGUUGGUCAACUUCGAGAAGGCCAAGGAGUCUUGGGCAAUGGACGGGUCAGAGAAGUUACAGCAGGCGCAGAUAAUGAAGGAAAAGGGAACUAGUUAUUUCAAGUCCAAUAAAUUUCAGCUCGCGAUCAAGAAAUAUAAGAAGGUUGUGUCGCUGUUGGAAGAUCUGCCUGAAGACGCAAGUGAAACAGAGGAUAUCAAAGACCAAGCAAAACAACUGCUCAUCUCUGCGCAUCUCAAUCUCUCUCUCGUUUACCUAAAAGUAUCUCCCGCUCAUCACUAUGAAGCAAAAGAUCACUCUUCCAAAGCUCUUAAGUUUGAACCGCAGAAUGUUAAAGGUCUUUUCAGACUGGGACAAGCGUUGUUAGGUCUCGGAGAGGCCGAACAAGCCUUGCAAAACUUCCAGAAAGUUGUGGAACUGGAACCACAGAAUAAGGCAGCAGCGAACCAAGUGAUCGUGUGCAAGAACACGCUCGUCCAGCAAAAGAAGCGCGAACAGCAGCUGUACGCUAACAUGUUCGACAAGUUUGCGAUUCGCGACACACAGGUGGAGAAACAAAAAGCCAAAGCAGAAAUUGACGUCAUCGGAGAGAAAGUAGGAGAAUGGGGGAUGGGAGAGGGGGAAUGGACAGACGAACAGAGAGACAGAAAACCAACAGAGUUUGAAAAGGAGAACCCCAACAUACUCAUGUUGGACAAGGACGGACAGUUUGAGAACAUGUAAAUGUGAAAAUAGGUUUGAGAAGAUAUGAGUCGACAGUCUACUGGAGUUUGUAAUGUGAAAACUGCAUUUAUCUAACACGUGUAUAGGAUGGAGAUAUUUUUACUGUCAAUUAUAAUUUUAAUGAACUAUGUAAUAUUUUUUAAAUUAAUCAAAUUUUGUUUUUUUUUUUUUUACAUAUUUUUUAAGUUACGGAAUUUAUUGGUGUUUUCAUACAGUUACUAUAGUUCUGUAAUGAAUUUUCGAGUAUUUGAUGAAUUGUAUUUAAUCAACAAAUUUGUUGAGAUGGCUUUACUAUGAAAUGAAUAAAACCUUUGAAAAAGGUUUUACACAAGAAAAAUCAAAUAAAGUACUAUUCGUUCAAUCAUAAAUGAAUUUGUGCAGUUUUCACAAUAUUAACUAAAUUUUGUUGUCAAAUGUAUUAUCUUUUAUAAAAUGAAGUCCAAAAUACAUUUACAUAUUGAAAACGCAAAUCCUGUUUGAUCAUAACCUCACGAAAAAAAAAAAAAUUAGAUCUACGCACCAAAAUGUACUUUAAUUUGUAUCUACAACAUUUAUAGUUUAUAUAAUAUCGCUGGAUGGCUAGAACUAAGUUUUUAAGUUUUAGUCGACACGGAACGUUUUUACUUUACCGUGAGAGUGGUGUUUGGUACACCUACGAAAUAUCGGGAGUUUCAAAAUGAUAAUCAAAGUUAUGUAUCACUAAAAACGUAUAUAUUGUGUCAUAAAAAGGUGAAUUUCAGUUAUUUUAUUUAUUUCAGGAACCAUGAGCGUAAAUAUUCAUUACAAUAUUUCUA